AUGCGCGAAGAAACCUCUGAACUCUCUGGGUCAGGUCCAACAGCUGCAGCAGUUGUAGACGCCGCACCCUUUUCAUUUCCAACGACAACCAUAAUCUCGGAACCAUCCCUCGAAGCACCUCUUAAAAUUGCAGCCUCUCCACCCCAGCCUAACGAGUAUUUCUACUUUGCAUAUGGUUCUAAUCUGUCCCACUCCCAAAUGUGCCAGCGUUGCAUCUUCAACCCAGCCAUCUCAGCCAAGCCCCUCGCGAUCGCGCGCCUUGACCGGUGGAAGUGGUUCAUAUGUGAGGCCGGGUAUGCGAACGUUCUGCCUCCAGACUCUCUUUCCAAUCCACCUCUGGAAGCUGACGACGAAGUUGUUUACGGAGUUCUUUACAAAAUGACCCCUGAGGAUGAAGGUCUCUUGGACAGGUAUGAGGGAGUCGACUGUUCAGCACCACCCUCCCCGCCAGAUGGCCCAGUUGGCAGACAUAUGCGCCCUCGCGAACAGGGCAAGGGGAGUUAUAAUAAGUGGUAUGUUCCUGCGACGGUGGUUAAGUGGUUGGAUGAGAGUGGAAAUCUAGAGUGGGAUGAGGCGCAGGAGCUGACGGUUUUGGUGUAUGUUAAUGAAUAUAAAGUGAAGGAGGGUCCGCCGAAGCAGGAGUAUAUAAGGCGCAUGAACAGGGGGAUUAGAGAGGCGGAGGCUCUGGGGUUUCCUGCUGACGCUGACUGGGUGGAGAGGGUUAUGAGGAGGUUUAUACCGAAAGGGCCAGAUGCGGGGCUAGAGUUGUAG